CUGUCAACUUCCUCAAGAUCACGACUACGGUUCCGUCGACAGUGACACCCAACAGGUCAAGAUGCCUCGCGCUCCCAGGAACCACUCCAAGACCUACAAGGUGCCCCGUCGCCCCUUUGAGGCCGCUCGUCUCGACUCGGAGCUCAAGCUGGCCGGAGAGUACGGUCUGCGCAACAAGCGAGAGAUCUGGCGAAUUGCCCUGACGCUCUCCAAGAUCCGUCGUGCUGCCCGUGAGCUGCUCAAGCUCGACGAGAAGGACCCCAAGCGUCUCUUCGAGGGCAAUGCCAUCAUCCGCCGUCUGGUGCGGAUCGGUGUGCUCGACGAGACGAGGAUGAGGCUCGACUACGUCUUGGCGCUCAAGAUCGAGGACUUCCUCGAGCGUCGCCUCCAGACGCAGGUCUACAAGUCCGGCCUCGCCAAGUCGGUCCACCACGCCCGUGUGCUCAUCCGCCAGCGCCACAUCCGCGUCGGCAAGCAGAUCGUCAACGUCCCCUCGUUUGUCGUCCGUCUCGACAGCCAGAAGCACAUUGACUUUGCGCUCACAUCGCCCUUCGGUGGUGGCCGUGUCGGCCGUGGCAAGAGGAAGCGCGAGAGACUCGCUGGCGACGAGGAGGAGGAGUAGAUGCAUACCUAUCUGUUCCCUCGUUGCUCGGACCCCGAGACUCUCUACGCCUGGUUCACUUUCUCUCACACACUCUUCUCUGUACUUUCAUCUCACUCACACACACACACUACUACAAAGACCAAAACCGCAAAGGGUGGCUGUGAAGUCGUCAUACUCCCUCGUCAUGAACCCCAUGAUCAAAAAAGCAGCUAUUCACAUAUGGCUUCGGUAGCAUGUUUCUUUGCUUGUGUGCUCGACGACGGCGUCUACUUGGC